AUGCUUUGGAACGCCAGUUUGAUGGGCCAUGUAGGUAGGUAUUUCCAAAGCAAGGAAAUCUUGGUCUAUUUCCGCACAGCCGUCGACCUUUCCUACAGUACUUUCCUUACCUUCGCUCGUCUGUUCAUGACGUUCGCCAAUGAGAAAAAGGGAGGGUUCAGGAAACAACACCCAUAUCUCCAUGGGAACUUCGCACCCAUACAUCGCACACAACCCUUGACGGCUUGUACCUAUACUGGUAUCAUUCCAAAGGAGCUUGCGGGCGGAGAGUAUGUACGCAAUGGAGGAAAUCCAGUGACAAAUGGAGACUUGGGUAGAGAUGCACAUUGGUUUGACGGAGAUGGGAUGCUCAGUGGUGUAGCAUUUCGAAGAGGGAAAAAUGGAGGAAUUCAUCCGCAUUUCGUCAAUCAAUAUAUUCUUACUGAUGCUUAUCUCUCGAGCAUCUCAACACCAUCUCUCCGUGCGCCUAUACUUCCAAGCAUAGCCACACUCGUCAAUCCUGCUUCAACUCUUCUCACCAUUAUCCUGCGAAUAUUCCGAACCAUAUUUCUCAUCAUCCUCUCUAAUCUUCCUGGAUCUGCAAAGGCAAUCAGAAAAAUAAGUGUAGCCAAUACCAGUAUCCUAUAUCAUGAUGGCAGAGCUUUGGCAACAUGUGAGAGUGGGCCACCGAUGCGCAUUUCGUUACCCGGUCUAGAAACUGUCGGCUGGUACAAUGGUGUUCAAGCAGAAGGAGAGCCAGUUACGGAAUUGGAGCCUAGCGAAGUUUUUGGCGGAAGUGGACUCAUCGGAUUUAUGAAAGAAUGGACGACGGCACAUCCUCGAAUUGAUCCUGUCACGAACGAACUUAUACUUUUUCAUUCUACAUUUGUUGCACCUUUUGUACAUUAUUCUAUUAUACCCAGCACACAGCAUAAUUUUUUACCUAGUAAAUCUCCCCGACUCGUCAAUGCAGCCGUACCCGGGGUGAAAUCCGCAAAGAUGAUGCAUGAUUUUGGAGUGUCCCUUAGUCAUACCAUAAUCAUGGAUCUCCCUCUUUCACUUGAUCCUCUAAAUCUUGCCCGCAACGAACCUGUGGUCUCUUAUGAUCCUGCGGGAAGAUCCAGAUUUGGUGUUUUCCCCAGAUGGAAACCAGAAGACACUCAGUGGUUUGAAACGAAUGCCUGCUGCAUCUUUCACACGGCGAAUACCUGGGACGAAACAGUCUACAAUACAUUUACCAGAGAAGAUGAAACAAUAUCAGUAAACAUGCUAGCAUGCCGAUUGACAAGUGCUUCACUAGUCUUUAGCGCAGGUGAUGUUGCAGCACCUAUUCCGAAAGCCAACCCUAUCACAAACCCGGUGGAAGAAGAACAAUGCCGAUUGUAUUACUAUCGGUUUUCAUUUACUCAAGCGGGGAACUUUAUAAGCCACCAAUUCGCUCUCUCGUCAAUACCAUUCGAAUUUCCAUCCUUACGAGAUUCGAUGGCGAUGAGGGAAGCUCAAUACAUUUAUGGUUGCUCAGUAUCAGACAGCACAUUUGGAGCUGCUCUAGGUCGUGCUGUGAAAAUCGACUCACUUGUCAAAGUAGACGUCCUCGCUCUGAUCUCGCGUGGAAAAGAGACCAAUCAGAUCCCCAUCACAGGUUGUGUCGACAGACGGACAGUCGCGGAAGUUCUGGCCUCGAACGACCCUUGUGACCCUAUCAAGAUCUUUAAACUCCCCGGAGGUUUCUAUGCCCAGGAAUCCAGGUUUGUACCACGAGAAAAUGGAAAAACGGAGGAUGAUGGCUGGCUACUUUCUUAUGUCUUUGAUGAAGCACAACUUGAUGAAUAUGGUGUUGCAGGUUCUCAAGCAAAAAGUGAACUCUGGGUUAUCGAUGCAAGAGAUAUGAAAACUAUUGUUUGCAAAAUACAGCUUCCGCAGCGAGUCCCAUAUGGGUUGCAUGGCGCUUGGUUCGGUGAGAAGGAGAUUGAAGAUCAACGACCGGUAGAAACUAUCCGACACCUUCCCUUAAGAAAGGAGAAGACCGUCGGUGAGGGCAUAUGGAUGCAUUCAUGGAUGAUGGUGCGGAAAUGGCUUUUGGAGAAACUUGGUUAA